ACUUGUGCUGUAAACAAUGGUGGGUGCGACAGGACAUGUAAGGAUACAGCCACAGGGGUGCGCUGCAGCUGCCCUGUGGGAUUCACCCUUCAGCCUGAUGGCAAAACCUGCAAAGAUAUCGAUGAAUGUCAGGAGAACAAUGGAGGUUGCGAUCACUUUUGCCGAAACACAGUGGGCUCAUUUGAGUGCAGCUGCCAAAAAGGUCACAAACUUCUCACGGAUGAACGGACAUGCCAAGACAUUGAUGAGUGCUCUUUUGAGAGAACCUGUGACCACACCUGCAUCAACUACCCUGGAAGCUUUGAAUGUUUGUGCAACAAGGGAUACAUUCUCUAUGGCCUAACACACUGUGGAGAGGCCGUGAAAUGUCUUCCCAAUGGAAAACCAAUACCUCGAGCCCAGCUGACUUGCACCAAGAUGGGAGGGGCAGAGAUCUGCUCACUGUCAUGCCCCUCCAAUGCUCUGUUUUUUGCAGAGUCCGAGAACAGUUACACAUUGAGCUGUGGUGUGCCCAUCCAACCUGGAAAAACAUCUCAGAAAAAGAAUGUCACCUCUGGUUUACCCAGCUGUUCUGACACCCAUGCACUACCCAUCAAGCAGAAGGCAAGGUUUAGGAUAAAAGAUGCCAAGUGUCACCUGAGGCCACGUGACAAAGACAAACGUAGAGAAUCAUCAAAACAGAACAUUCAAGGUGGACACUUUCCAUGUACUGAUGACUGUCAAGUAAUUUUUGUCAACAUCAAGUGUGACUCUUCAAAGAAACGCCGCAGAGGGCGUAAAUCUCUUUCAAAAGAGGUGUCUCACAUCACUGCUGAGUUUGAAUUAGACAUGAAGGGAGAGGAAAUCUCAGACUCCUGUAACAUUGAUUGUGUGCGGGAAAGGAUUAAGCAGAAGCUGCAAAGUGCUAUGCGAACCCUGAGAAAGUCAAUCAACAAACAGCAGUUCUACAUUCAGUUUUCUGGAACAGAAUAUGAAGUGGCCCAGAAACCAUCUAAGAUACAAGAGGGAGCUGAGACCUGCAGUACAGGACAAGUCCCACGAAAUGGAAAGUGUGGUAAGUUUGACUUUAAUGGGUUAACUUUAUGUGACUGUGGCAUAGCAGAAGCUAAAGGCUGCUAUCGACCUUUGUAUUUUUCUUCAGUUAGCUGUGGUGUUGGGACAUUUUACAGUGGGGAGCAGGAGGUGUGUGUCCAGUGUCCCCCUGGAAUGUACCAGGACAUGGUGGGUCAGCUGUCCUGCGAGCCAUGUCCCAGUACUGAAGGACUUGGCAUUGUUGGGGCCAAGAAUGUGUCUGAAUGUGGAGUACACUGUGCUCCUGGACAUUACUACAACUUCAGUACCCACCGGUGUAUUCGCUGCCCAGCUGGGACCUAUCAGUCUGAAUUUGGGCAGAACUACUGCAUCACAUGCCCAGGAAACACUACAACUGACUUUGAUGGUGCCACCAAUGUUUCCCACUGCAAAAACCGGAUGUGUGGAGGUGAACUGGGAGAGUACACUGGUUAUAUCGAGUCUCCUAACUACCCAGGAGAUUACCCAUCAAAUGUGGACUGUGUCUGGACCAUAAAUCCCCCACACAAGAGGCGGAUCCUCAUUGUGGUGCCAGAGAUCUUUCUGCCAAUUGAAGAUGAGUGUGGAGACGUGCUGGUGAUGAGAAAGAGUGCCUUACCCACCUCCAUUACAACCUACGAGACAUGUCAGGCCUAUGAACGACCCAUUGCAUUCACCUCUAGAUCUCGCAAGCUUUGGAUCCAGUUCAAGUCCAAUGAGGGAAACAGUGGCAAGGGCUUUCAAGUUCCAUAUGUUACCUAUGAUGAAGACUACCAGCAGCUUAUUGAGGACAUAGUGCGUGAUGGUAGGCUUUAUGCCUCUGAAAACCACCAGGAUAUACUGAAGGACAAGAAGUUAAUAAAAGCCCUGUUUGAUGUACUUGCCCAUCCACAGAACUACUUCAGAUACACUGCAGCGGAGUCCAAAGAGAUGUUCCCUCGCUCUUUCAUCAAGUUGCUGCGCUCC